GGCUCCCCCUUCCCGUCCAGCUCGGUGACCGCCGGGGCCGCCCCCGGUCCGCCCCCGUGCUCGGCCCUUCAUAGGCGGCGGCGCCCGGCGGCCCAGGCCCCAUUCAGGCCCCGCCAUGGUCCCGCUGCUGCCGCUCUGCGCCGCCCUGGCCCUGGCGCUGCUCCCCGCCGCUGCUGCCGCGCAGGACGGGCCGGCAGAGUGUCACCAGUAUACGAACAGGAGCUGUGAGGAGUGUCUGAAAAAUGUCACUUGUCUGUGGUGCGCCAGCAGCGGGAGGUGUGUGGAGUACCCAGUCCGAAGAGUCCUCCCACCGUCCGACCUCUGUGAGCUCCGCUCCGCGCGCUGGGGAGUCUGCUGGGUGAACUUCGAAGCCCUGAUCAUUGCGAUGUCCGUGGUGGGAGGAACAAUCCUCAUCAUGCUGGGCGUCUGCUGCUGCUGCUGCUGUUGUAAGAAAAAGAGCAAAAAGCCAGACAAGGAUGAGGAGAGAGCAGCCAGGGAGCGUGAGAAGAGGCGGGUGCGGCAGGAGGAGAGGAGAGCAGAGAUGAAAUCACGGCAUGAUGAAAUCCGAAGAAAAUACGGCCUGUUCAAGGAAGAGAACCCCUAUGCGAAAUUUGAGAACUAGCAUCUCUGGACCUGCCCACCCCGGUGAACAGUGCCUUCUGCAGGGCCACAGGACUCCAUGCUUCCCCCGCCACGAGGAGACCACUGUGGUGCCACAGAAGAUGAGCCAAAUGCUUGGUGACACCGUUGUCCCCACUCCAGAUGCUUGGUUUGCUCCGGAGCUUUUCUCUUGCUCUGCUGGUGCAGGAAAACGUGGUGGCAAUGUUAAAGGAUGACACAUUUCUUCUCACUGACCCCUGGGGUGGUAACGGAGUCCUAAGCAACGCAAAUAACAGUCCUUGUCCCCAGCCAAGGGCUAAAGCAGCCUUGUGCAUCUCUCUCGCUCCUGCCUCUCCAAAUACCCUUCAUGCACACAGCACCAGCCUCUUCUGUCCCCCCUUUUCUUUCAUUUUUUUUUCUUUUAGUAUAGGCAAAAACCAGCAAGAGUUUCUUGGCUCAUUGGUCAGCAGGAGGCCUUGGCUGUCACUCCAGGUGCCUGUACAGCACAUUUGCAUUCCUUGCACAACGCACAAGUUUCUGAUUGUCUCAGGCCUCCAAGAGGAAGGUUCCAUGUGCACGUUCUCGCUUGCAACUAAUCUGGGGAAAUGCCCCAACUCUCCUACCUCUCUGUGCCUUUCGAGAAGGGUGGUCUCCCGGGCGCCAUGGCCACGGCUGGUAGCAAUGCUGUAGGAUUCGAUUGCAUUUACAACUUAUUGACUAUAUAUUAAAAUGAUUUGAUUACUAUCCUAA